UUGUCCAGUAUGCCGGCUGCAGACGCGACCCAUCUCACGCUGCUGACUGCAGGCGCGUUUGCCGGCGCAUCGGUCGACCUCGCGCUCUUCCCGCUCGACACACUCAAGACGCGCCUGCAAUCGCAAGCUGGCUUUGUGCGAUCGGGCGGCUUCCGCGGUGUCUACGCCGGGGUCGCGCCCGUCGCCAUCUCGUCCAUGCCGGGCUCGGCCGUGUUCUGGCUCGUCUAUGAGAACUUGUCAUCGACGUUGAAGCCGCUCGUUGGCGCUCAGUACGCACCAGUCGCUCAAAUGGCUGCAGCAUCCUGUGGCGAAGUUAUUGCCUGCGUGGUUCGCGUGCCGUCGGAAGUCGUCAAACAGCGAUUGCAGGCUGGCGUUCACAAGAACAUGGUCGCUGCUGUGCGACACAUCCUCCAGACGGACGGCAUCGCUGGCUUUUACCGAGGGUACUCAUCAACGAUUCUGCGCGAGGUCCCCUUUUCGUUCAUUCAGUUCCCCAUUUAUGAGGCUGCCAAAGCUUGGCUGCAGAGGGGUCGCGACACACAAAUCACUCCCCAAGAAGUGGCGCUCUGCGGCUCGUUCGCAGGAGGCAUCGCUGCUGCGGUCACCACACCAUUGGAUGUUGUGAAGACUCGCAUCAUGCUUUCCAAGGAUAAGAAGCUUCGUGUGAUCAACACCUUCCGGAGUAUCAUUGCCGAGGAAGGCGUUGGGCGAUUGUUCAGUGGAAUCACGCCUCGUGUCGGAUGGAUUAGCGUCGGAGGGUGCAUUUAUUUCGGAGCGUACGAAUUUGCCAAGCAACAGCUAUCAAAGCACCUGUAGCUGUGUUCUUGGCUCUGCCCUGGAACGUUGGAGUAAUCGAUUGAAUGAUUUUGUAAUUUCGUACUGUACUUUUUUUGAGACUUGCCAUGCAAACUCGGGCGAAAGGCGAGUUCAAGGCUUUGCAUCAACCACAAGUAAUACAGUAAUCUGAGACAC